AUGUGGACAAUACCCAAACCCCGAUAUAAGAACUGCAACAAAUUGGAUACAAGGGAUGAAGCCGAGAUGGCCGUGAACAUUGGCGGCGUGAGGCUAGUUUUAGACGGCGAUGUGCUUAACCGCUACCCGGAGAGUAGACUUGCAGAACUGAUCAACUGCUCAACUCUGAAUUACGACGUUAUCUACUCACUUUGUGAUGAUUAUGACCCGGGUAAAAAAGAGUUUUAUUUCGACCGGGAUCCUGACGCUUUCAGAUGUAUCAUUGACGUGUAUUACUUCGGUGAGAUUCACAUCAAACGAGGUAUAUGUCCAAUUUGUUUCAUUAAAGAGAUGGAGUUCUGGAAAAUUCACCAAAGCUAUUUGGACGAGUGCUGUAAAAGUUACCUGACUGAAAAAGAGGAAGAGCUGGCAGAGAUUGCCAACAAAGUUAAGUUUAUCUUGGAUGAUCUAGAUGGGGACCCUUCUGUCAACUGCUCAGCGCGGUGUCUAAAGUUCCUUUGGAAACUCAUGGAGAAACCGGAGUCCUCUUUGCCUGCGCGUGGCAUCGCCGUUGCAUCUUUCCUCUUCGUCCUUGUGUCCUCCGUGGUGAUGUGCGUGGGGACCAUUCCAGAAGUCCAAGUAGAAGAUGAAGAGGGGGACCUUGUGGAGCACCCGAUGCUGGAGGCCAUCGAGACAGCCUGCAUUGGCUGGUUCACCGUGGAAUACCUGCUGCGUUUUGUGUCCUGCCCAAACAAACUGCUCUUUUUCCUAUCCUUUAUGAACAUAAUCGACUUCAUGGCUAUCAUUCCCUUCUACGUGGUGUUGACCCUUACUUACCUGGGUACGGCCAUGAUGGAUCUGGCCAAGGUCCAGCAAGCGGUCCAGGCGCUUCGCAUCAUGCGUAUCGCCCGCGUCUUCAAACUGGCGCGCCACUCCUCUGGGCUACAGACUUUCACCUAUGCGCUGAAGAGGAGUUUCAAAGAGCUGGGGUUGCUCCUUAUGUACAUGGGCAUAGGGAUAUUCGUGUUCUCAGCACUGGGCUACACCAUAGAGCAAAGCCACCCGGAGACCCUCUUCAGUAGCAUCCCACAGUCCUUCUGGUGGGCUAUUAUCACCAUGACCACCGUGGGCUAUGGAGACAUUUACCCCAAAACCACUCUAGGCAAGUGCAACGCAGCCAUCAGCUUCCUGUGUGGGGUGAUUGCCAUUGCGUUGCCAAUUCACCCCAUUAUCAACAACUUCGUCAAUUUUUACAACAAGCAGAAAGUGCUCGAGACCGCGGCCAAGCACGAGCUGGAGCUCAUGGAGUUGCAGUCUAGCGAUGAUUCACUGAUGAAGGCAACGCGCAAGUGUGGCGCAGCGGGUGCGUUGGAGAGCUCGAUGCGUACCUCGCGUAGUGAUAAUUGUAUACCACUUCUCGAGGAAUCGACCAGGACUUUGAAGUCGAAAGAUUAUUGCUCGGAAACCGAAUCAUUUUAA